UGUUUACUUCUUCCAGGAAUACUGGAAGUGCUACUGGAGAGGAGGGGGAGAGGGGGCUCGGUGAAAUUGUGAAAUUGUGAAACAGCUUUCCUGGAUAGAGUUAGGUUGCUCAGCAUUUGGAAAGAGAACCGUAGACCGACAUUAACGCCAGGAAAAUCUCGAGCUGAAUUCCCUAAUUUUCCCGUAUUAAACGGCUCUUUAAACAGCGCGAGACUUCAUCAAGAGAGACUAGAAUGCCUCAGCUUGGACGCCUGUUUUCUCAGUUUCAUCUCAGCUCCAAAGCUUCAGAAAGUUCCCAAGACAAGAUCCCAAAUCAGACAGCAACACUACCUGACUUUAUACAACAUGUCAGGAAACUCACCGGGAUCAGAAAAGAAGAUAUUUACUGCAAUCUGCGUAUCCCCGACCAGUUUCAGACCGCCAAAGAUGACAUCAACAUUGUUAUCCUCACAGGCCAGGGGAUCUUCUGCAUAGAUGUAAAACCAUGGAGAGGCACAGUUUCCGCUCAAAACCAGAACUGGCAUGUGCAAGUGAAGGAAGAGGACCAAAAUGUUGCCAAUACCUGCAUUGAGCAGAUUGAAGAUCCCCUCAAAGCUAUCAAGACUAAGACAGCUAACUUAUGUGGCCAUUUAAAGAGGAGUGGAGUGUCUGUGCGCCAAAGCCUCUUCUUCCCAAGAGUUAUCUUCCUCUCUCAAAACUGCGAGCUGGAUGAGGAGCUGAGGAAGAGGAGGGAGCUGGUCUCCCACAGCCAGAUAGACGGCUUCCUCAGAUCUUUCAGGGAGGGCUACAUAGGCUGGAUAUCGGAUGCACUGACUCCAUCCUGGCUCUCUGGUCAUCUGUCGUACAGGCAGAUGGACUCCGUGCGGGAGGUCCUGAGGAGGGUGGGGACGUGGGAUCUGGUGCGGCUGCACUGUGGCGAGCAGCUGAAAGGAGACUUCCAGAGCUGCCAGUACAUCGCUCUCGACCGACAGGAGACAGAGACGCUCGAGUUUACCAGAGUCCAGACCCUGUCAACUGAUUCGCUGUGGGCCCUGCUGGGACACGCUCCUCAGGUAACAGUUCGAAUGUACAAGCGUGGAUCUCAGGGCUGGCUGGGUAAAUCCCUAAACGCCACCACAACUAUCCCCUCCAACACCUCUGUGAUCUUCAGAAUCAGCGGGGAGGAAGCAGAUGCCAAAAUCCCAGCAAACACCAUUCACAGCAUCACACUCAGCAACUGACGGUGUGUAUCGGUCAAUAAAUGGAAUAGCUGUUACAACAUGCCGCUGUGGGAAAGAGGAAGCAUUCAGAUGCAUCAAAGAAAACCUCUUAAUUUAGCUCAAAUCUGUUUUUACCGAGUGACUUUUACUAUCCAGAGUUUGUAUUUUGUUAUAUUGUAAUAUUGUACUAAAAACCCAAGUUCUGAAUGUCUUUAAGUGAGAAUUUAUUGUAAAAAAAAAUAAAAAGGCCAAUUUCCCUGA